CGUUUUAUCUUGCGUAACCGAAAUGAGAAGCUUUCAGUUCAACUUGUUAUGAAAAUAAACAAGAGGAGAGGAGGGCUAGUGCAAACAAAAACGGUUUUUCCGGGCUUUUGCCAUGCUAAGACAAAUAAUCACUCAACCGAAAGCGUGCUUUAGUUAUUCAGUAUUACGUCACAGUUUUGUCAAUACUGACAGUAAAGGGUGAUUUAUACUCGUGCGUAGGUCCUACGGCGUAGCAGCGACGGCGUAGGUUCCGCGUCGGUUUUCAUUUAUACUUGUGCGUCGCCGUCCGCGUCGACGUGCAAAGACACGCGAAACCGCUGGUUGGCAGUAAUCACGCGUGUAACCACAGUAGCAGCAGAAGUCGUCACAGAAGAAGAAGCUAAGCAAGUUAACCCACAAACGAAGAAAAAAUAGCAACUUGUUGUGUAUAAUUUGAGAAGACCAGCAAUGAUGUAAGUAAAUAAACAGCGACUUAUGUUGCAGUUUUAGUUAAAUCACUUCUCGACUUGGCUCAUCUUUGUUUUCACCGUCUCAACGGGAAAUACCUAUGACGCAGUUUUUUUUACCUGACGGGAGGGGUUCUGGUGGACCAAUCACAGAGCUUGCGGUCCGCGUAGGUCCGACGCGCUGUUAGGAAUUUUGUGAGGUGCGCGUCAGGCUACGCAGAGCUACGCACAGGCUACGGAUAGCCUACGCCGUAGCUACGGCGUAGCACCUACGCACGACUAUAAAUCGCCCUUAAGCCUGCAAAGAGAAAAGGGAAACCUGAUCUACCUGCUCACUGGCACUCGCUCUCCUGGGAAGAGAGACUGUCUGAUGCUGUGACUCCUCUAUGGAGACUGAGUUAUGAGCAGCAGCUUAAAUGGAAACAAGAACAACAGCACAAAAUUUUACUUGAGAUGACAAAGCUGGCUCAGGAUUUACCCCAUAAGCCUGAUGAUUUAAGAUUCCCCCUCCUACCCAUAGUACCCUCACCAGUGAUUGAUGGAUACCGCAAUAAGUCAACCUUCUCUGUCAACACAGGAGUAGACGGAAACCCAAAGACUGUUGGAUUUUACAUCGGCAAUGGAAAAAGUGGUAACAUUGUCUGUGUCCAUGGCGACCACCUCUUGAACAUGCCCCCAAAGCACAAGAUGGUCGCAAGGUACUAUGAGCAAUUUCUACGUCUCUCACCCCUUAAUCCAUGUAUUUUGUUUCACGAUGGCGGUCACUGGAGAGAAAUCACUAUAAGAACUAAUUCUGCCGGUCACACUAUGGCUAUAGUUUACUUCCAUCCUCAACAACUGACACCUGAGGAGAUUACCAUCCAUAAAGCUGACCUGGUCGAAUACUUCACAGAAGGUCCCGGUGCAGUUUGUCAGUUGGAUUCGCUUUACUUUCAGGAGAGUACAAUGACCCGAUGCUGUCAUGAACAAUCCCCCUACCAGCUUCUGUAUGGACAGCCUCAUAUCUUUGAGGAGGUGCUUGGGUUUAAGUUCAGAAUAUCUGCUGAUUCUUUUUUUCAGGUGAACAGGGGAGCAGCAGAGGCCCUGUACCGCACUGUUGCGGAGCUGAAUAGGACUUGUGUUGGGGGUACCCUUCUUGAUAUCUGCUGUGGUACAGGAGCCAUUGGCAUUUCAUUAUCUACACAGAUGGAGAGAGUCAUCGGCAUAGAGCUUAUUGAGCAGGCAGUUAAGGACGCCAAGUAUAAUGCAGAACUAAAUGGAGUAAAUAACUGUGAAUUUCUUUCAGGCAAAGCAGAGGUUGUUCUACCAAAUUUGAUGCCUACGUUGGGUUCUCACUGUGGGCUGACAGCCGUCGUGAAUCCGUCCAGGGCUGGCCUGCAUUAUCGAGUUGUCAGAGCCUUAAGGAACCACCCAGCCAUAAAAAGGCUUGUCUACAUAUCAUGCAAACCUGAUGGAGAGGCAAUGAGGAACUUUAGAGAUCUUUGCUGUGGAUCCAAUUUUCAGAGGAAGAUCAACGGGGAAGCCUUUAAGCCAGUCUUGGCUGUUCCUGUGGACCUGUUUCCACACACUCCUCACUGUGAACUUGUGCUUGUUAUUGAGAGAUAGUAUAGAAAAUACUGAUUGAAGGAAAUUAAUCACUUUGUAACAAAACAUGAAUAUCUAUAAACCAUUGAAUGUGAAUGCAAAGUGUUCAGUAUAAUUACCACCUAAAAUGUCAGAAAUACAUUCAUUAAAUAUCAGAAAGACACAAUAUUACAGAAACCCAUAUUUAUUUGAAUGUUAUCAAUUAUGUGAACAAACCACUUACAUUAUCACUAGAGGGUGCUAUUGGGACAUUUCUCCAUUUUGUGCAUUAACGUGUUGGGUCAAAAAGGGACAAGCCCAGCCCGUUGGGUUGUUUCAACCCAAAAUGCUGGGUUGUUUGAACCUAUUGUUGGGUCAAAUAUUAACAU